CCGCCAAUCACAGGCGCCGCUGGGGCCGGGCCGCAGCCAGUGGCUGCGGCGGGCGCGGGGCGGUCGGGGUCCCCGCGGGCCGGGAGGCUGCGCCGACCUUGCGGCUGGCUGCCGGGCGAGCGCCCCGCCAUGGGCACGGUGCCGUCGGCGCUGAAGCACUGCCUCAGCUACCAGCACCUCCUCAAGGAGCAGCUGUGGAUCGGGGAGCCGGGCGCGCCGCCGCCUGCGGCUCCGCACCCCGGGCAGGAAUCUCAAGCAUCUGGACUGCCUGAGUACAUAAAGAUUGUGGAAGUUGGGCCAAGGGAUGGGUUACAAAAUGAAAAGGUGAUAGUCCCAACAGAUAUCAAAAUUGAGUUAAUCAACCGGCUUUCCAAAACAGGCCUGCCUGCAAUAGAAGUGACCAGUUUUGUUUCAUCCAAAUGGGUGCCUCAGAUGGCAGAUCACAAAGAAGUAAUGAGGGGCAUUGAGCGACAACCUGGAGUCCAAUACCCUGUCCUCACACCUAAUCUUCAAGGUUUUCAUUCAGCUAUUGCAGCAGGGGCGACAGAAGUCUCAGUAUUUGGUGCAGCAUCUGAGUCUUUUAGCAAAAUGAACAUUAAUUGUUCAAUUGAAGAAAGCAUAGACAAAUUUGAAGAAGUUGCUAAAUCUGCAAGGAAUAUGAAUAUUCCAGUGCGUGGGUAUGUGUCAUGUGCAUUGGGAUGCCCAUACGAAGGAAACAUUGUACCGGCUAAAGUGGCAGAAGUAUCUAAGCGACUGUACAGUAUGGGCUGUUAUGAAAUCUCUCUGGGGGAUACCAUUGGUGUGGGGACUCCUGGAAGUAUGAGAAGAAUGUUGGAAGCUGUUAUGAAAGAAAUUCCUCUGAGUGCUCUUGCUGUUCACUGUCAUGACACGUAUGGCCAGGCGUUAGCCAAUAUCCUCACAGCCAUACAGAUGGGAGUUACUGUAGUGGAUUCAUCUGUUGCAGGACUGGGUGGUUGUCCCUAUGCAAAAGGUGCUACUGGAAACGUAGCCACAGAAGAUGUGAUAUACAUGCUUAAUGGUCUGGGGGUCAAUACAGGAGUAAACCUUUAUACAGUGAUGGAAGCUGGAGAUUUCAUCUGUACAGCUUUGAACAAGAAAACAAACUCAAAGGUUGCACAAGCUUCCUUCAGUACUGGAACUAGCAAUUAAAUGGAUUUUUUUGGCAGCUUAAUUACAUUUGUCAUCUACCAUGACCGAAGAUAUUUAUGUCAAGAAAACAAAUACAACAAAACCAUUUCCACAAAGAUCCAAAACCAGUACCCAUAUGUAAUUUUUUAUUAUGGGAAGAGUUAUUGUACUGUACUUUCUUGUAAAGAGUUGUCUGAUUUCUAAGUAAGAAAUAGAUGACUGUAGUAUAGAACUCUGUGCCUGGUGGUUCUACAGGUGAUAAAAAUGUGUAAACACCAACACCAGGACAUUUUACCUUGUUUGAGAUUGAAUUUUAGUUCUUUUCAGGAAAACUGCAUAUAACAGCAAAUACAUAGUUAAGUUUUAAUCAAGAUGACUUCUAGAACAGUACAAAUAUUUGCAGUAGUUUAUGAGAUCCCACACUGUGUGUGGCCAUUCUAUUAUGUGUUUUAUUUAUAUGAAUCUUUACUUUUCAUUUGUAAAGUCAGUUGUUUUAAGAACAUGGAGCCAAAUCUGAAUACACUAUAAGAAUUUUUUAGCAAUAGCACUUUUAAUUUUUGUUUUGUUUAACAUCUGUUAAGUUGUGGAUGACUUUAUCUUGUUCCAAGACUUUGUGGUGAAUGGCAGUCUGCCACAUUCUCCAAAUCUAAUGCAAAUCUCCUUAUUUGUUACUUAAGUUAUAUUUGUUGUAGUUGGGAUUUUUUGUCAACUGUAUUAAAACCUAAUUAUAUAAAGCAAUUAAAAUUGUCAAGGUUUUCAACCAUCAUUCAGGGUAGUAAGAGUGUAGAAGGGGCUAAAUUUUUAUCCCAAGAUCUCAUUGACCAAUUUGAUUUUUUAUUCUAUAGUCUAUGCAUUUACAUUCUCACUUACAAGUCAUGAGUUUUGGAGGAUAAUAAUAUUCUGCUGGACUAGCUUACACAAAGGGAACCACUUACAUUUUUUCUUUGUGAUCUACUGAUAGUGAUACUGUUCUUUUAAAUGUCUUAGUUCAGCAGAGAUGCCAGUGAACUGCAUUUUCAUUUUUAGAUCAGAAAUGGACAAAUUCAAAGAACAACCUUACCCUAUCUAUAAACUGUCAAAAGUGCCAUGAAAAUACUGAAUUUUUUUUAGUCUGAAGUAUCAGUACUGUUACUGUUUGUGUAGGAUCCUUCUGUAAUUCUCUGUGUACUUAACCUUGAGCUAUAUUUUUUCUGAACAUAGCCUGUUAACAUGGUAAUCUAAAAUCCUUUCUCCAUAUUCUCCAUUUUCCUCCAAAAUAUGAAAGACUGGGGAGAGUUAAGCUGAAAGAAAAUGUGAGAAAACAUGUAAAGAAGGAAAAAGCUGAGUAAUUUUUGUCUAGGACUCAACUCUGCCAAGUCACAGCUGAGUCUCAGUUUGCCUUUGAAAUUCCAAAGUGAACUUUUUCUGAGAUCUUUAAGCCAGUAUUGUAGUUUAAGAUUGGCACAGCUUAAGAAAGUACAAAUUUGCAUGCCAGGUAACUCAAAGCUAUAAAUUUGAUAUAAAACCUCUGUCCUGUUUAUGCUGUAGUGAUAAUCAAGGCUAAUACAAACUACAUUGUUUCGCUCUUCUCAUGGAAAGAGUCAAAGAAUAAGCAAAGAAAUGUGCUCGGGUGAGGCAGGAAAUAUCUUGCAUAUCAAUCCAAAAUACUAACCCUUUCCUACAGUAUCUAGAAGACCUUCAAGUACUCUUAAAGAUGUGAUCACCCUGAUUUACUUGUCCUGCUCUGGAUGCAUAGUUGGAUCACCACAGAAAAUGCUCUGUCCUUGUUUUCUCAACUUCUCAGCUGGAGCUUUGUUAUUUAGCAGCCACUAUGACUCAUAUAUCAAAAUAUGAAAUUCAGUAAAACUAGGUCUUGAACUGUUCACAGAUUUUAAAAUUCUGUAAUGGAUUAGAUCCAAUGAAGAAGUGAGGAAUCUGCAGCAGUACGUAGUCUAAUAAUUAGUAGUUAAGCCCAACCAAGCUGCCAGAAUUGACAUCCUAAGGACUCACUAAUUCAGGUGCCAUUUACCCUUGAAGGUGACUAACCAUACUGUACUACUUUUCUGUUUAACAAUAAAAUUUCAGCUUCUGUGCAGGCACAGGAUUAGCUCAUUUUGAGCUGAGGUAUGCAGUUCUCAUGUAAGCCUGAUGAAUUUUCUUCCACCCAAGAUCCUGUGAGCAUGUUUAACUGGCAUAAGCAAGAUUGAGCUUCUCAAAGAAGGGAAGUCACCCCUUAAAAAUACAAAAGUAGUUGUGAUUCAAACCACCUUUUAAAUGUUAGCCUGAAUUUUGGACUAAACAGUUGAUCCAAGAUUAGCUUGCUACUCAGCCUGGGGAGAUUUAAAUGCACAUUUUUUGGCAUCCUAAUCGAUGGAUCUAACCACCCAGCUAUAUACAGACUGAGAAAGAACACACUUUCUAGUGGAUCUGGAUGAAGAUGUGCCAUUGGUUAGCAUGGAAUUAAAAAUUCCUGAGUCCAGAAAGAUCACAAGAAAAAAAUGUCUCUGCAACAGAUUUUUUCCUUGAAGAUGGUGAUGAUGGCUUCAACUGUAGGCCAAGUUAGGAACCGAGCUGAUGCUGUCCACUUUUUUGGUAAAUGUACUAACUAUGUCUUAGGUAAAAGUGAGUGGUUUCACUACUGCCACAACUUUUGCAUUAAAUAAAAUACCUAUGUAGAGCAUAGACUGUAGAAUAAAAGCUAGCUCUGCUUAGUUCUUUGGGAGUUCUAGAUGUCUAUGUUCCUAACUACCACAAAGGAUUUCUAACUGUGGUGCAAGGAGACCCUUACUGUGUGGAAGAGUUUUCAGACAUGCCUUUGUGCAUAGUGCAUCCUAGGCUUCUUAGCAUCUGGGCUGUCCAGUUUGCAAUUCUAAGGCUCUUAUCUCACCCUAUGCACUAGAACAGGUUACCGGUUAAGUCACAGGGACAAACAACCUAAAAUGCCUUGGUUCUUUAUUGGAUCUGAUUUCGAAACUACUUGGGAGCUUGUGGAGUGCUGUAAAUGCAGGUCUGUUAUUCUGUAAUGAUGUGAGCAUUGGAAAAGAUGAGCAGUCACAUCUGGAGCCUGUUCUUUACCCACACGUUCAGCUUCAACCACGUAGUGAGUUACAGCAAUCCAGGGUGGAGGUCACAGACAAAUAGGUUGUUUGUCAGGAUCGUUACAAGGGAGGAAGAAACAGAGCCAAAUUCCAAAAAACGCCAAUGUUUAUGUGCCAAAAGUACCACCUGGGAUGAAUUUAGGCCUGUGGGUACAGGUAAGCAGUGCCCAUAAAAUCCCUCUUUACUUGUAGUGUGACUGAGAAUCCUGAGACAUCUCAUGUUCUCGCUACUGAAAUUUAUUAGGCACAUAAAGUGCUGGUGAUCUGCUUUCCUGGGCUGGCAUCACUUUGACUGUGUGGAGCAAUUUAAUGCCUAAUCUUUGGCUUCACAAAAUAGGCCUAUAUUGCCCUUAAGAUCAAGGGCUAAUGCAGUAGCUAUGCCAUGCGUGUCACUCACAUAGGCAGCAUUGAACGCAGCACAUAAUAAAGCAGUUGAGACCACAUCCCUUCAAAAACAUGGCAAGUCUUGGGAUGGUGCUACUGCUCUCCAGUGCUUCUGACUUUCUAAAUCUUUAUGUUUAUAUUCAGCUAAUGGUGCCCUGCUCUUUUAGUCCCUGUCAGUGUACCCCACUGAACACAUUGCUGUCACCUCACCCUGAAGCAACCCUCUGGCUGCAAAGGCUUGCAUCCAGGUGUUUGGCUUCUGUGAACAGGUGUUCUUGUUACUGUGUCAUUAUAAAAGUUAUAUCUAUAUAUAUAGGCAUUUGUUGAAAGGGAUCAAGAAAAAGCAAGAGCACUGAAUAUCAUGGUUGCACUGUUGGAAUGUGGGGACAUCCCGUCUCCCUGUCUGUUUUGCUGGUGGUCCUCUGUAAAUGCUCAGAAUGGGAUAGUGUAACCUCUGAGGGUAUGAGGGAGAGAAGAAGUAGUUACUGACUGUCCUCACGGAAUCUUAUCAGAGACAAAUUAGAUGCACGAAGAUAUAUACUUCUAUGAUUUGGAGACUUUCUUCUGUAGCUCACUGUACCGAAGGCACUGCAGAGAUCUCACAGAACAUGGAGAUCAUCCUAUGUGUGCCAGGGCCAUGGUAGUUUGUAAACUGGAGUUCCCAGUAGCUUGUCUUUUUCCUACAUUGUUGGCAAUAGCUAGAAAGUCAAAUACUGGCUUUUUUGGCUGCUCAAGAUAUUAUGUAGUUCUAAAGGUAUGGCUAAUGUGCAUUUUUGCAGAAGCUGAUCUGUUUUGUUGGUAAUGGACAUAACUGUUCUUCAGUGCCUUUCACAACACAGCAAUGACAUGGAUCCCAUAGGUGGAUAGUGCUACUGUCUUCCAGCAGCAGCUUGCUUUGUAGUUUAAACUUUUAUGUAUUGAGGCAACUUGGCUCUGGACCAGCACUUUAAUAUUUCAUUUUCAUGUAUAACCAGAGUUUAUGGAAGUAAGUGAAUAUUCUGGUCUUGUGAAUAAGUCCAGAGAAGCUUUAGCUAAUUUUCCUUUCCUAAUAGCAUCAUUCGAGUUCAUAAAACUUUUAUUAUUUUAAUAAGGAGUCAGCAAAUGAAGACUGCAAGUCUGUGAGGUAAAAUUCCUAUGUUUGGGAUCAGUGCUGCUGAAAUGAAAAAAUGCUUGUCCAAAGGGUUAGUGUGAAUGUAUAAGAUCUGCCUAUUUUUUCAUGGAGUUAUUUUUAAGUUGUAGAAGUGAUACCUAAAAAUGAGUAUUCUUUGUCACUGAGUUUUCCUGUUUCUUAGACUGCCUUAAGUUCUCUUUAUUGAUUGUGAAAUGCAUAGAGAAGUGACUAAACAGAAGAAUCGGUCUGGAGAAGUGGAUGAAAGACACUUUCCACUUCUUGAGUUGCUGAUCAAUGCUUUUCUUUUGUUAUAUCUUUUAAGAUUAUUUUUCUCUAUGGUCCUGCUUUAACUCGGUGUUGAACUUCAUUGCUGCAAUAACACAGCAGGCGGAAGGACUACAGCCAAAGUCAACUUAGUCCUUUGAAACCGAUGUCAAAGAGAUUAUAUGUUUGUUAAGGAAUUGUCGUGUACCCUCUUGGUUAAAUGCAUUUGUGAGUUUGCAAUGUGUGGUGCUACAGCUGAAAUAAAAUCUAUCUCAGUGUUUGUUGAAA